AUGGGCAAAGGAAGUGCGGCCGGUGUGGCUUCAAGCCUCCAAGUUAGCUACACCAGAAUCCAGGUUGCGCUGAUGGUUGGUAUCUGCGGAGGAGCUCCAUAUCCAUCUAGCGAGGAAGAAAUUUUUUUGGGUGAUGUCAUCAUAAGUGAUUCGGUGAUUGAAUAUAAUUUUGGCAGACAAUACCCGGGCGGCUUUCAGCGAAAGACUGAUGUCAAAGACACGCUUGGAAGACCAAAUCGAGAAAUCCGGGCACUCCUUGCAGGCCUGAAGGCGAGUCGGGCUCGUAGAGAGUUCCAAGACCAGAUGUUACAGUAUCUGCACACGAUGCAGCAAUCAGAGACAAAAUGGUGCCGACCGGCCAUUAUUAAUGACGUUCUCUUUGAAGCAUCCUAUCAGCAUAAGCACUAUGGGCCAGGCUCUUCUUCCAAAUGCCUUUGCUUCGAUGGCGCCUCACCAGAUGGGAUUUGCGAAGAAGCAUUGGCGGCAAUGUGCAAUAGUCUGGGCUGCAAUGAGAAACAAAUCCGUCGCCAGCGACAUCACACAGGUAUAAUAAAAGCAGCAAUUCAUAUUGGGACAAUCGCAUCCGCUGACACGGUGAUGAAAUCCGGAGAGCAUCGUGAUCAUGUUGUAAAGACAGAGCGUGUGAUCGGUUUUGAAAUGGAAGGAGCAGGAGCGUGGGAUAAUGUGCCAUGCAUUAUCAUCAAGGGCGUUUGUGACUACGCGGACAGUCACAAAAACAAGGCAUGGCAAGCAUAUGCUGCAGCAACUGGGGCAUCUGCUGCCAAAACAUUCUUGGAAUAUUGGGGGCCUGUCGCUAGAACAGAGAGGCAAUAUCAUUGGAUGGUUCCCUUCCAGAAGAACUCGCGAUUCGUGGGCCGAGAAAAAGAAAUCGCCAAAAUUGACGGACUGAUCUCAUCACAUAAUGGACCAUCCAAAAUCGCCAUUUGUGGGCUUGGUGGAAUUGGAAAGACCCAAAUUGCACUUGAAUUGGCUCACCGCAUACGAGAGAGGGACUCCAGUUGGUCUAUAUUCUGGAUUCCAUGCACCAGCCAGGAGAGUGUUGAACAAGCCUACAUGUGCAUCGCACAGACCGUAGGAAUACAAGAAGUGAAGCCAGCAGAGGCUAAGGAGCGCGUCAUGGCUUAUCUCAGCCAAGAAAGUGCUGGAAAGUGGCUUCUAAUUUUUGACAAUGCUGAUGAUCAGGACAUGUGGAUGAAAGACACUGAAACUGCUUCAGCACUCAAGAAAUCUCUCCCUCGAAGUCCGCAAGGCUGUAUUCUCUUCACCACGCGCAACCGAACGUUGGCUGUGAGACUGGCCUCUCCUUAUGUGAUAACAGCCUCUGAACUAGAUGAAGAGACCGGGUUAAAGAUGCUGGAAAAAUCAUUGGUUCAUAGUGAUCAGUCUGUUGAACCCGGUGCUGCUGUGAUCCUUCUUAACCAGCUCGCCCUUCUCCCCCUGGCAAUCACUCAGGCGGCGGCAUAUAUUAAUGAAAAUGAAAUCGGCCUCUCUACGUAUGUAGCACUUCUGGAGGAACAGGAAUCACAUGUUAUAGAGCUGUUAAGUGAAGACUUUGAGGAUGAUGGCCGAUAUGAAGCCAUCCACAAUCCUAUAGCCACAACAUGGUGGAUAUCAUUCCAACAGAUUCAGCGCUUGAAUACAUUAGCCGCUGAUUAUCUAUCAUUCAUGGCCUGCGUCAACCCUCGCGACAUUCCCCAGUCUCUUCUGCCUCAGCGUGCAUCUGACAAUGAGCGGAUAAAAGCAAUCGGCCUUCUUAAUGCUUAUUCAUUCAUUAGCAAGCAGGCUGAUGGUAACUUUCUAAGCCUUCAUCGACUAGUACAUCUCACGACUCGGAACUGGUUAAGAAAGAAUGGACAGUUUGGCUCACAAGUAUUCAAAACUGCAGGUCAUUUAGAUGAAACAUUUCCAGAAAAUGAUCAUACCAAUCGAAAGCAGUGGCGAGAAUAUCUUCCACAUAGCCUUGCUUUGAUGGGAGAAGAUGAGUUUCAGGAUAAGAACGAAAGGUUUAUUGAUCUGGUCUGGAAGGUUGGGAAUUGCCUCUAUGCAGAUGGAAGAUACAAUGAAGCUGAGAAGCUUUUUGUGCAAGUCAUGGAGAUAAGAAAGACAGUGCUGGGAGAUGAGCAUCCUGAUACUCUGACCAGCAUCUUAAACCUGGCAUCAACCUACUGGAAUCAGGGUCAGUGGAAUGAAGCCGAGAAGCUUUUUAUGCAAGUCAUGGAGAUAAGAAAGACAGUGCUGGGAGAUGAGCAUCCUGACACUCUGACCAGCAUGCAUAACCUUGCCUAUACGUGGCAAUGUCAGGGAAAACUACAUAAUGCCGUCUCUCUAAUGAAAGAAUGCACUGACCUGCGCAACAAAAUAUUAGGUCCUAAUCACCCGCAUUCCAUAUCAUCCUGUCGUGCUCUUAAUGAUUACAUGGAUGAGUAUAACGCAUUAACACAUCAAAUACCGCUCACUGGGGAGAAAACUCCGCAGACUCGGCGGGAAGUUUCAGCAGGAUCUUCAGCAGCUGUGGUAACUACCUUAUCAUCCUGUAAAGGACACAUCAAUUUAUCUUAUCCUCAAAGAAGAUCAGCUGCUACAUUAUUCCUUAAAAAUCAUCCUCUCAUCAUUGCGGCCAGAACACCCUCACCCGCGCCAGAAGGCCAAAACCUACAAGACGUGGAUUGA